CGAUGUCGCUUCUGGCAAGGUCAUCCAUUUUCCUUGUCGGAUGAUUGAAAAUACGUCUAAUUGACCACGCGGAUCCCUCGCCACGACUGCUUUCAGCUCGACAUCGAUGCGGGGGGACCCAUCCGCUUCGCAGAUUUUGAUUUUGAACGCCGAAAAAUCUUUCAAAAAUGAAAAUGUAUGGACCGGAAAAACUGGGCCACCUGUAUUAUAAGGGUCCCGGUGCUUUUCCCCCUUUAAGCGGACCGGGGCCGCAAAAAUCCCGGGUCCCUAAUUUCCCACGGGGUUCCCUAUAGUUCUGGCGGGGUCCCCGGAAAUACUGGGGCCAACAUGGCCCCGGGAAAAACUGGGGCCGCGGUAUCAGAAGGGGCGCGGAAAAUAGGGGGCUUGACCUUGGCCCUUCUUGUAGGCUGCUCCUUCCACCCCACUGCCAACGCAGCGCCCCGGUGGCAUGUGCUAUGCGCGCCGGGGCCCGCGGGGGAGCCGCGCGCGCUUGGCCGCGCAGUGUCCUGGCAGGAUUGCCACCAAGCUGCGGCCGGUCCCUCAGGCUUGGCGCAUCCUGCUGCGUCUUUCGUUUCUCUAUGUUCUCCCGCUCUUGCCGCAGUACCUCGCACCCGCCAGAGGCAGGCGCGCGGGCAACUGCCCGGCAGCACGAGCUCCGCGGCGCGCUUCUUCCAUUUGCGACCCCUCCGCCCCCCCCCCGCAGCAGGAGCUUUGCGGCGCGCUUUUUCCAUUUGCGAUCCGCCCGCCCCCCCCCGGUGUGGCGCUUCUCUUUCGCUCCGCGGGCCGCUUUCGUUUUGAAGUGCGUCAGCCUUUGCGGCGGGCUUCGAAAGCCCUCGGGCGUCGCGUAGUUGAAGCUUGUCCCUCGGGGAUGGUGUGCGGCGGCUCUGUGUGUCGCGAGUGUGGCAACCCGGAGCGCUGCGCGCACGCGCUGUCGGCAACAUCGUUCGCCCCCGUCGGUUCUCGUCUGGUCCCGCUUGGCGGUGCUGGGAAUGGUUUUGGGUGUGUCGUGUGGGAUUGUCAUAGCUCAGUCACCGGGGGCGCCCUCGGGUCGCUUGGCGUGGUUCUUUGCGCUUCUCUCUUCUCUAGUUCUUGGCUGCUGGCUGUUCGAUGGCGUGUUCGCGUCUGCGGCUGUCUUCUGGCCUUUCCUUUCCUCCUCCUCUCCUGCGCGGCUUCAGGUUCUACCUUUUCUGGCAAUUCUUCGGCCUUUUUGGCUCUUACUUUUGUAGGCUUAUACCUUUUGGCCUCCUCUUGUUUCUACCUUUUUUGUCGGAGUCUUUACCUUUUCUGUCGGGUUCUUUAUAUUCCCACCCCUUCUGGUACCGGUACUCUCCCAGUCCUGGCCCAUGUAAUAUCUUUCAAUUUUGCAUGUUACUUAUUUAAUGUUACUUAUUUAACUAAGAAAGAGGAUGACAUAUCUUGCGCGGCUUUUACUGCGCACCACCAAGUGCUCAUUUUUUUAUCGCGCUCUGAAACGCUGUUCGCGUCAGCGGAACCAGCCUGCAGAUCGCUAGCUUGUGCUUAUUCACGCGGACCACUGCUUGCUAUCACCUGAAUUCCGUUCCCAUUCACAGCAGGAAUUUUUCGAUGUUAAUCGAAGAAGUACUAGACGAGUAAGAGUAUGUUGCACAAGUACCACAUUUUCCUUCUCAAGACACUAGAGGACGAGUGGCCGAAGAUCAUGGAAAAUGACAAAGAGCACUUGCAACAAGUCUAAGAACGAAGUGGGACUGUGUAUCGGUUAUCCUGUGGAUCCGGUGCUGAUAUGAGUCUAUCUUCCUUGGAGCUUAGUACUUGGAAACCUUGGUGUCUUUUUAGCCAAGAACUCCUGAGAACAAUAAGUGAGGUAAGGGCGAAGUUCUC